AUGGAGGCAGUCGACGACGUAUACGCAAAUAAUACCAAUAAUUCGGACAGCAACUAUGACUCUUCAACUACGUACAAUAGACCAAGUAAUACGCGCGUCUUGGGCACCCUCGAGUCGCCACAGUUCACCCCAAUGGUCCGAGACGACCUUGCGGAUGCUGGACACGCCAAUUUCGAGACAAAAACUCUGGAAAGUGACGACGAAAUGGAGUGGGAAGAAGUCGACGUGCUGCAAGAUGACCCAAAGGACUCGGGCUUACCAACCCAGAACGUUGAGGUCAUCCUCGAGCAGUCGACGCAAAAGCAAAAAAAGCGCGUCGGUGGAGACCCUGUGCAGCGCAAACUCCGACUUGAAGCACACAAGACUCACACUGUAGCCCUGCUUGCAAGUUUUUCGCUCCGUAACAGAUGGAUUAAUGACCCCUUGUUGCACGCCCGUCUACUUUCUCUGACUCCACUCCCACUACAAAUGUCGUUCUCUAUGAUACACAAAAAGACGGAGCCUGACGCUAGUCGACGUACUCGUUUAUUCCAGACGGCGUGUUUCAAGCUCACAGAAUGGUGGCAAUCCUUUUUUCACGUCAUCAAGGGCAAAGGCAUGCGCAGCCGAACGUUUUUAGAAGUCGAAACUCAGCGUAUACAAAAUGAGAAGCAGUCUAUAGCCGACUUGAAAGGAAAGGGCAAAGUUCGAACUGCGAAUAGCGAGGAGCCCCCGUGGUCGGAUAGAGUACGAUCGGCAAAGAGCCUGAUGAAGCACGCUCUACUUCAGAAAGGCUCUGCAGACACGAGUGCACUUCUAUUUACGGCAUUGUGUCGAGCGUUAGAUGUCCCUGCCCGUCUCGUCGUCAGUCUCCAGUCUGUCCCUUGGAGUUCCAAGUCAGAGACUCUGAAAACAGAUGUGGGUGCAUCUCCACUCCAUAAUGGUGGCACACAAGAUGAAGUAAUUGUUCGGAAGAAAAGAAGUCGACCAAGGGACCGGAAUGCGCGAGUCGUUCUUCCACGCGCGUCAAGCACAGAACCCCCUUUGGAAGGCUGGCCUCCAGUUAUUUGGACAGAAGUUUUCUCUCGUCCAGAGGGCCGCUGGAUCCCCAUAGAUCCGAUACGUUAUCUUGUCGACAAGAAGAAGCUAUUCGAGCCACCUGCAAACUGCCGCGUCAACCGAAUGAUGUACGUUGUGGCAUUUGAAGAGGACGGUUAUGCUCGGGACGUUACCCUUCGAUAUGCCAAAGAAUUUGCAGCAAAGACAGCAAAAGCUCGGGCACUCACCAAGAGAGGGCAAUCGGAAUGGUGGCAACGUAUAAUUUCCAUGCUAACUCGACCUUACAGACUGCACCGCGAUGAUGUUGAGGACGGAGAACUCGAAUCCCUACAGUACAUAGAGGGAAUGCCGACGUCCAUCAACGGAUUCAAAGACCAUCCAAUCUAUGCACUAGAACGUCACCUACGCCGUGACGAGAUUAUCCACCCAAUGAAAGAGAUUGGAAUAUUUCGGGGGGAGCCUGUGUACUCACGCUCGAGUGUGCAGCGAGUACGUACUGCAGAAACGUGGAUACGAGAAGGAAAGGUCAUCCGCGAGGGCCAGCAACCCCUAAAACGGAUCGUAAAACGCGCACAUACCAUCAAUAGGAAACGCGCCCUUGAACUCGCGAAAACCGAGUCGCCAGAAGUUCCCACUCUGGGUGUCUAUGCCGAGUGGCAGACAGAGCUCUACGUACCCGAGCCGGUUGUAGAUGGUCGAAUUCCGAAAAAUGAUUUUGGUAACAUCAACCUCUUCGUAUCGAGCAUGCUACCUGCAGGAGCCGUCCAUCUACCCUUCCAAGGGAUAUCUAAAGUGGCCAAAGAGAUUGGAAUUGACUUCGCGCCUGCAGUGACGGGAUUCGAGUUCAGGAAGGGUCAUGCCAAUCCCAUCAUCUCCGGCAUCGUUGUUGCGGAGGAGAACCAGGAGUUAAUUGUCUCAGCAUAUUGGGAGUCUGUACAAGCCAAUCAAGAAGCCGAAAAUCUUAAACGGCGAGAGCGUGUACUCCGAAGAUGGUCGAAAUUGAUACUUGGUCUACAAGUCCGUAAAAGAUUGCAAGAAGAGUACGGAGGCUCCGAGAAUAAGGUUGAUGAAGCCGAGACUCCUCAGGAAAUACCACCUGAGGGCGGCUUUCUAACUAAAUACGAUGGCGUCAUAGAGCAUUUUGACCUGCCGAAAACACGCACGAUCCAUUAUUCCAACGGCAAUGCCGCGCCACAGGAAGUAGAGGCAUCGCCACUACCGUACGAUCCUCAUGGCAAAUGGUCACCAGAACCACACGCAGAGAUUGCCGCGUCCGAUUCAAGAGAGAUUCCAGAAGUACUGCCCAAUAUCAUGCCCAAAACGUUGCGCGAACAUGCCGCCUUACAGUGGGCGGGGAGGGAGGAUUCGACAGCUACUCCCUCACCUCCCCGCAGUCGACCAAAGCGGAAAGCCAGGAAAACUCGCAGGUCGCAUCUUUCAUCCGAGGACGACGAGGGUGACAACAAUGGCGAUGGUAGCGACUUCGAGCCAUUGCCAAAGCGUAUACAGAGCUUGCAGGUGCGAACGCCGAUGGCUAGCCGGCAACUACGCUCGAGUGUUCGUAUCAAGAAUCGAUAA